AUGUCUGAAGUAAAGCCAGUAUUUGAUCACGCUCGUGGAGAUGGAUUAUCAGUUCAAAGAAUCAUCUCAGAAUUGAAGAAAAUUACGAAUCCUGUCGAGGAAAAACUUGGUGCUGAUGACAAUUCUUCAAGCAGAAAAUCUAAUGCCACAUCAUUAAAAAUGUUAUUAGAGAAGGAGAUGUCUAAAGAAGCAGAGUCAAAGAGAAGACCUCCAAGUGUCAUUGCCAGAUUAAUGGGUCUUGAGGAGGAUUUACCUACUAAAGAACCAAUUGUACACCAUACCGUAAGUGACUUGAGUAGAGAUUUAAAUGCCACAAACAACACCUUACAGGGAAAAGAACGCCAUCAGUUCAUAAUGUUGAAGACACAAAAUGACCAAUCCUGUCAUGAAAAAAUUGAAUACAAUGAUGUUUAUGAAGUAUCUGAAGGACAAUCAAGAACAGGCUAUUUUCAUGAUCGAACUUCACAGAAAGGAUGGUGUUUGGAGAACAAGAGUAAGCAAUUCGAUAUUGCACAAGACAAGAUCAUGGAACCAGAACACUUUGCCAUUGAAGAGAAGCUCCUUUGUACAAAGGAGUUACCUGAAGCUCUUGUUUUUCCAUGUUCAAAUAGAGAUUUAUUUCUUGAAUUUCCUGAAGAACAUAACCCCACUUUCUCAAGACAGUCGAGUGGGCUUCACGCAAACCAAGCACUGCCUCAGACCAAACGCAUUACAGUGCUGAAACCAAUUAGAUCUGUUGAUAUUAAUGACAUAAGACUAUCCAAGGCAGAAAUUGGUAAGCAAAAUGUAUUGAAGAUGAGAAGGUUCCAUCAAAUUCCUAGUCCAAAGGAAGAGAUACCUUCCCAGCCAAGUAGAAUAGUACUUUUGAGGCCUACCCCAGGGAAGCCUGGUAUAUCAAAGGCAAAGCUGACCUCCAGGGCAACUUCAUUUCAGUUAACUAACCGUAAUAGUCUCAGUGGAUCAUUAGAUGUUAACCAGGCAUCCAUAGGAUCUGCAGGACUAGCGCAUGGCAUCAUGCAGCGCUGGCAAGAUGGAUGUCAUCAAAGAGAUGAUUCUUUAUUAUCUUCUGCAUACUCAAAUGGAUAUGGGGGAGAUGAAAGCUCAUUCAGUGAUUCAGAAGUUGAUUAUACCAGUGGUUCUGAAAUCAACUAUAUUGAAGAUGGUGAUACCCUCAGUGACUCCGAGGGAGGCAGCCCUCUGUCAAAACAUUCAUGGAAUUACAUAAGAAGAUAUGAAGGUCAAUUCUCAAGCUCAUCCUUUAGCAAAAUCUCCCACUUUUCUGAGUCAUCAGUAAUCACGGAGGCCAAAAAACAGCUUUCAGAGCGAUGGUCAAUGGUUACCUGCAAUGAGACGAGUCAAGUGCAACUGUCGAGGAGAAAAUGCACGUUAGGUGAGAUGCUCUCCAUUAAGGAAGCAAAGAAAGAUGAGGCCACCACUGGGAUGUUUUCUGUUUCCAGUAACCAGUCAUGUGGCCUGGAAAAUGAACUGACUACACGUUCUACAAAUGUAACUACUUCUAGAAAGAAUGAUGACAAUGGGGAGAGAUCUUCUAGGAAAUUUUCAAGAUCAAAAUCUGUUCCAGUGAUUUCAUCCACGUCUGAUAACAUGGUGGUGAAUGUGCAAGCUUCAAAUCCUGAGAGCUGCAAACUGAAAGUGGCUGUUGUGUCAGAUAAAGGAAAAUCAGCUUUCAAGGGAAGAGUUUCGGAUUUUUUCUUGUCUAAAAGUAAGAAGCCAAGAAGGCAGAUGUCCACUUAUCAUCCAUCUGAUUGCUUUGCUGAGAGGCUUGAAGGUUGUAUUAUUCAUAGUAGACAGGAUUGCAAUCAUGAAAUGGAUGCCAUUGAGAAAGCGAUGCAUUGUGAGGACAGAUUUGAUAGUUUUCCGACACGAAUAUCAACUAGCACAUCAGAUAGAACAACUUCUGGUGCAUCUGUAUCAUUGGACAGUUCAACCAGAAACCUGGAUAAACUAGGAGUAAAUAAAUGCCUAAAUAGUAACCGUGAUCAACCAAGCCCUACAUCAGUUCUUGAUGCACCCUCUGAAGAUAGCAGUUGCAAUGAACCUGAAACACCUGGAACAACUACUUCCAAGAAUGCAAUAUCAAGAUCUUCAGCAAUUGAAACAGUCGCCCGUUUCUUAUCAUGGGAUGACACCGCUUCAGAGUCACAGUCACUUUGUAACCCAAGGCUGAGUUCUCUUCUCCCUGAUGUAGAUGAUGAUGAGUCAGAAUGCCAUGUCCUUGUGCAAAAUAUAAUGUCAUCAGCUGGAUUAGGCACUUCACAAUCAUGUAUGGUUUUCACCGGUUGGCAUUUACCUGAUCACCCUCUUGAUCCGGUACUGUGCAACAAAGUAUCAGAGCUGCAGGAGAAAAGUUCAUACAGAAGGCUUCUUUUUGACUGCGUGAAUGUUGCUCUUAUCGAGAUCGGUGAGAACACCUUACUGAGCGCAUUCCCAUGGAGUAAAAGACACUCCAGGACAUGGAGGGGUACCUCAUCUCCUGAUCUGGGGGUAGAAGUCUGGAGUAUCCUGAAGGACUGGAUAUAUGGGGCACGGAUGUUUGUGGUGAGCAAGAGAGAUAAUGCUGGGAUCAUAUUGGACAGAAUUGUGAAGCAGGAGGUGGAAGCAAGAGGGUGGGUGAAACUGAUGAUGGCGCAGGUGGUUGACAUCACUGAGGAGCUCGAAGGGGGAGUAAUGGACGAGCUGGUUGAAGAAGCGGUGCUGGAUUUUACAGUUUGUUUUCAGUGUUGA